AUGGAUACUAGACUGUUAGAUUCGGCAUUUGGACAGAGCCAUAGCCACUUGUUUGCCAGAUUCGGAAGACCAAUCCCUUCUCCCUACGCUCAUUUCGCAGCUCCUCUGGCAAGCUACGCUGCCGUAGCUUUAGCACACCCGUACGGUUACCGACAUACUCACCCUGGUUCGCACGGGGGUUUCUCAGGUGCGGCCUCGGGCUUCCCCUACACUCUUGACGGCUUGAUAGGCUCUGCCUCUGCUCACGCCACCAGCCUUUCUGCCGUUCCUGCAUUAACUGUGACCUCUUCUCAUUCAAGGAGUAGUCCAGCAUCAACACACGUUAGGCUUACCAACGAAACUGCGGUGGAUUCGAAAGGAAGUCCAAUCAAAAAAGACUCAGACAGCGAAAAGGACUCACUAGGGAGCGGUGUGCAAGGUAAAAGGCGCCGAACAAGGACUAACUUUAACGGCUGGCAGCUCGAAGAGAUGGAAAAAGCCUUUCAAGCGAGUCACUACCCAGACGUUUUUAUGAGAGAAGCCCUGGCGAUGAGAUUAGACUUAGUGGAGUCGAGAGUGCAGGUUUGGUUUCAAAAUAGACGAGCCAAGUGGAGGAAAAAGGAGAACACCAGGAAGGGGCCGGGUCGUCCGGCUCACAAUGCGCAUCCCCAGACAUGCAGUGGGGAUCCCAUCCCCCCUGAAGACUUGGAACGACGAGAUCGAGACAAACGGGAGAAGAAGCUUCGGAAACAGCUAGAAAGGCAGACGAAGCGACUGCAACAAUCAAAACUAAAACCUGGUCUCAACAUUUCCAGCUCCACGGAAUCAAUCCAUCACAGUCUGAGUGAAUUGAGGAUGGCAAACCCUUUGAAAGAGCCGAAGGAACUUCUCGGUUCUGAACUGUUUAAACUGCUGGAAGUAUUAGGUUUUGAUGUCUGUGAUAUACUGAACAAGGUAGACCUGGAUGGUAACAACAAUGGCAGGUUUCAUCUGGCAGAGAAUUUUGGAGAAGAAAAUGGAGACACGGUCACAGUGGAUAUCGACGAUGACAACGACGACUCUUCUGAAAGCAUGUCUAGCAUAUCUGAGGACUCUUCCCAGGUUCACUCCCAAAAGCCAUGCUCUUUCAGUAUUGAGAAUAUCCUCUCUGACAAUAAAAAACACCGUAUUCAAAGUCCGGAGGAAAAUAUUGGGGCGCCAUCUUUCGUGAACUCUGUUACUCAACCAAUGGGAUUUUUUAUUCGCACGUCUAGCCCAGGGAACAGCACUUGUCUCAGCAGCCCAGACAGCGGAAGCGAACAUAGCAUCACUAGUGUUCCAUGCAGUCCUGACAAUUUAGCGCCACCUAACGAAUUCCAACAUCACGAUGGAACUAUUAACUCUAUUUCUUCAAAACAUUCGGAAGCGUUUAAAUUUUUUUCAAAACAUAUCAAAAAAGAUUUAAGUGUUCCCGAAUCAAAGAAAUGCAAAAAUGGUACUGUUUUGGACAAAUCUUCUGACCUGAGGCCAGCUGUGACUAACGAAACCGAACUCGAGAGAAGAAAGUUGAAUAACAACUCCAGCGAUGGGGUCCACUGUGUGUAA